ACAUAAAGCUAGCUAAGGAAUACAGGGAGUAUGGUACGGUGCACACUUUCUUAAUCUUUUGAUGAUCAGACUGGUUCAGAUCCUGCAGUUGUUUUGAGGUUGCAUACUUCUUGGAUAUUAGUCUUUCAUCUAGCGAAGGUUUUUCGUCGAUUUGGAAUAUGCUUAAAUGCAGAACAAGGUCUCGCACAGCCCCGGGUCUGGUAUCAGCCUCUAGCAGGCCCAGAGCUAAACCAAACAGGAAGAAUGAAGUGCAGGCCGUCAAAAAAAGAUCCAAAAGUGGCUCAAAACAGCUGCAGGAAUUCAUAACGCCGACAUUCACAUGGGACAUUCCCAAAGUAGACAAACAGGCCAUUUACAAUGAUCUUGGGGUGAAAGAAAUGGACACCGGAGGCGCUGUUGAUGGCAAACAGUUAUUGCUUGGCAAGAGGGCGAAUAACAAGAGAAUAAAGAAACCUGCAACAGUUCCUAGCCGUGCUGACAAGGUUAAAGGUCACCUAGUCUCCCCUAACCAGUUCAAGUCUCAACAGGCUCACAUUCACAAUGGCCGUUACUGCAGCUGUAAGAAGCAGUUAGACCUCGAGGAUCUCUCGGAUCCAUUUUGCAGACUAUCAGACGAGAUCAUGCUAGGUAUCUUCUGGUGGUUGCCAAUGACAACCCUGGCCCGCUGUGCAAGAGUCUGUAGGCGCUGGUACCAUCUAGUAUUUGAUGACAGUCUGUGGAGACGGAUAGACAUCUCCAACAAGACUUUUGCCUCGGGAAUCCUCGGACAAAUCUUGCAGAGAGGCACAGUGGCUGCCAAAAUUUCACGUUGCUCCAUACACGGUCCUGUGUUUGAUGCUGUCCUCACAGAAUCACCAGCCAAGAUAACAAGAUCGGCUUCAAAGGCAUCCAAACUUUCCAAAUGCCAUGUUGAGUCAGCGCUCAGACAAUCCCUUCAUCUGAAGUACAUUGACCUAACGGCCACUGAUGCCAGGCCAGAGCAAUUGGUGGAGAUUCUUGACCGUUGCCCUGGUAACCAGAUCAAGAAACUCAGCCUGGAGAGUUGCAGGGUGAGCGACGAAGUCAUGAAGUCCAUCGCCAAGCAUGGGCGGAGCCUAAAGGAGCUCAACCUGUGUAUGUGUAGCGGCCUGAAAGAGGCGGGGCUAAGAGCGGUAUUGAGAAACUGUACAAAAUUACAAUCACUAAAUCUUGGCUGGGCCAACCUGUCCCGUAAAGAGAUUGAUGUCUUCAUGGAAUAUGUACCUAAAAGCUUGGAGAAACUCAACCUGAGUGGGUAUAGGCAAACGCUAAGAACUGUGGAUGUUGUUCUACUAACUUGUAGGUGUCCAGACAUGAAAGAAUUGGACCUUAGCGAUGCUGCGGUGAUAGACUUUGCAGCGAUUGAGAGUAUUACAGAGAGCAUGACCCAACUACAACACAUCGCUCUAAGUCGAUGCUACAGCCUCCCGCGACUGUCAUUUGUCCAACUGGGCAUGCUCAAACACCUCCGUGCUCUUGAUGUUUUUGGACUGGUCCAAGAAUCAGGGAUGCUGGAAUCUAUGCAAGAACUCCUCCCCGGGGUCAAAAUCAACAGCUAUCCCUUCUCGGCCAUCGCGAGACCAACAACCACCAAUAAACACAACAUCAUUUGGGAAAUAAUGUGCUACGAGUGAGUUUUUGGAAGAAGUUAUAACGUUUUUCAAUUUCACAACCAAAUAUAUCUUGCAAAGUGCUCAACAAAUGGACAGAGUGUCACCGACGUAAAUCAAUUUCAAGGAAAGAUUACUUCAGCGCCUUUUUAUUGAAUAACAGAUUUUUAAGGAGGCUGCAAUAAGUAGGGGUGCAUUUCAGUGGUCAUUUGGAGAAUUAGUAAUGCGUAAGUUUGCCUAAUUAAACUUGUCCACUACCAUGCACCC